GUGUCACAAGGUGCAGGAGUCUCUGCUGAGCUCGGCCAGCGGCUACAGCAACUACCGGGGCAUCCUCAACUGGUGUGUGGUCAUGCUGGUCUUGAGCAACGCUCGGCUUUUCCUGGAAAACCUCAUCAAGUACGGUAUCCUGGUGGAUCCCAUCCAGGUGGUCUCCCUCUUCCUCAAAGACCCCUACAGUUGGCCCUCCCUCUGCCUGGUCAUCGUGGCCAACGUCUUCACGGUGGCGGCCCUGGCCCUGGAGAGACGGCUGGCAGCGGGCUCCCUUUCGGAGGGGGCGGGGACCGCCCUGCACGCCCUCAACCUCCUGGCCGUGCUCUGCUUCCCCGCCGGCGUGGUGCUCGCCGUCACCUCCAUCACCCCAGUGGGGGCCAUCUUCACCCUGAUCAUCUACACCAUCAUCUUCCUCAAGCUCUUCUCCUUCAGGGACGUCAAUAAGUGGUGUCGGGAGAGGAGGGAGGGGAAAACGGCCCCCCCGGCCCCCGGGGACGGCUCGGCCGCAGCGGCCGGUGCCAAGAAAGCCAACGGGGACGUGGGCAAGAGCGAGGUCACCUACCCGGCCAACCUCACCUACAGAAAUCUCUAUUACUUUCUCUUCGCGCCCACCCUGUGCUAUGAGCUGAACUUCCCCCGCUCCCCCCGCGUCCGCAAACGCUUCCUGCUCCGGCGCCUCUUCGAGAUGCUCUUCUUCACCCAGCUGCUGGUGGGGCUGAUCCAGCAGUGGAUGGUGCCCACGAUCCAGAACUCCAUGAAGCCGUUCCGGGACAUGGAUUAUUCCCGGAUCAUCGAGCGGCUCCUGAAACUGGCCGUCCCCAACCACUUCAUCUGGCUCAUCUUCUUCUACUGGUUCUUCCACUCCUGCCUGAACGCGGUGGCCGAAGUGAUGCAGUUUGGGGACCGGGAGUUUUACAGGGACUGGUGGAACUCGGAGUCGGUGACCUAUUUCUGGCAGAACUGGAACAUCCCUGUGCACAAGUGGUGUCUCAGGCACUUCUACAAGCCCAUGCUGAGGCGGGGGGUCAACAAGUGGACGGCCCAGACAGCCGUUUUCCUGGGGUCUGCCUUCUUCCACGAGUACUUGGUGAGCGUCCCCCUGAAGAUGUUCCGGCUCUGGGCGUUCAUGGGGAUGGCGGCUCAGGUCCCGCUGGCCUGGUUCGUCUCCAAGUUCCUCAGGGGUAACUACGGGAACGCGGCCGUCUGGAUAUCCCUGAUCAUUGGGCAGCCCAUCGCCGUCCUGAUGUACGUGCACGACUACUACGUCCUCAACUAUGAAGGCAACCAGUGAGGCGGGGGGGCCCCGUCCCUCCUGGUGACCCCCCCCCGGCCCAGCGGGCGCACGGA